GUCCGCCUCAUCGUCAAUACUCAAUUCCAAUCUCAACUUCGCGAUUCCUAUCUUCCACCCAAUUUGACCAUCGUUCGAGUCACCACCUCCCGAAAGUACCUACUUCGCAAUGCCAAGCCUCUUGGAGCCCGUCACUGUCGGCGGAAAGCUUCCGCUGAGAAACCGCGUGGUCAUGGGCUCCAUGACCCGAAACCGUUGCCUCGACCGCAUGCCCGGUCCAGCACAAAUCAAACAUUACGUCGACAGAGCCAGGGACGGCGUCGGCCUAAUCGUAAGCGAAGGCACCUUUGUGGACUGGACUGGCUGCGACUGGCAAUGGACGCCAGUCAUGAUCGAGAUGGAACAUGCUGAGGCAUGGCGGAAAGUGACCGACACCGUUCAUGAAGCUGGUGGGAAGAUCUUCUUCCAGGCCUGGCACGCGGAUCUUAAAGGUCGUAUACAGCAUGAUCAAAUGCCGAUCAUGAAAGAGAAGAGUGGACGUGUUUUGGCGCCCUCCAGCAUCAAGGCUGAAGGGGGAAAGUAUCGUGACCUUCCGGGCGAGCCGGGGCACACGGAGAAUGUUGAGGAAAUCGAGAAUCCCCGGGAUGUGAUCGACACCUAUCGGAACGCCGUGCUGCUAGCUAGACAUGCAGGCUUUGACGGCGUUGAGUUGCUGGCUCAAGGCGGUUAUCUUACCCAUCAAUUCCUCAACACGAAUCAAGUUGACCAAGGCGGCUCCACACACAGUCGCUCAAACAAGCGAACAGAUGAUUACGGAGGUUCAGUCGAGAAUCGCUGCCGGUUCAUCCUUGAAUUAGUCGACACCAUCAGCGAGGUCUUCGGCGGACCCGAGCUGCUCUGCGUCAAAAUCAACCCAACGGACACCUAUAAUGAUUCCGCGACCACUUUCGAGGAGAUGAAAGAGACCUACACAUUCUUGAUUAAGGAACUCGUCGCCCGCAGGGUAGGCAUCAUCAACAUCGGCCGUCGGGGGGCUGAUCCCAAUGCAGGAACAGGGGACUUUUUUGGACGCGAUGGUCGACCUGAGGAGUUUCCUCUGCCCAUUGGUUACGACCCUGUCCUGGAUUUUGGCCCUCUGGUUAAAUACCCCGGCAGCCCUUCCUUGCUCAUGGCUAACCAUGACUAUACACCCGAGGAAGCGGAUCGGCUGGUUAAGGAAAGGAAGCUGGAUUUGAUAACCUUUGCGAGGCCGUUCAUCUAUAACCCGGAUGUAAUCUCACGCAUCAAGAAUGGCAUUCCUUUCGCCCAUAAUGAUCGGGGUAAGACUGUCCACUACGGACCCUAUCGGACACCCGAUGAGAACUACAAUGACUGGCCUGCUGCUUCCCUUUAG